AUGUCGCCUCUGAGUGGGAGCAGCACCUUCGGCCUGGCAGUUUCGGAUCGAUUCGCGACUUCGCAUCCAGAGCUCCGAUCUCUUCGAACCAUGGCCGACGCAGCCGCGAAGCCGAUGGACCAGGGGCAGGUGAUCGUCAUCACCUUCGCGAAGAUCAUCGGAGUGCUCGCCUCGAUCUACUUCUUCUUGAUGGGAUUGGACAUGAUGGGCAGCUCCUUCCUUGUGCUGGGAGGCAAAGGUGCUGGUGACUUAUUUACGAUUGUGGACAAUCCCAUAACGGGUUUGAUGGUUGGCAUCUUGGCGACGGUCCUUGUUCAGUCUUCCUCCACAAGCACCUCGAUCGUGGUUGGCUUGGUUGGUGCCGGCCAGGUGAGCGUGAAGUACGCGAUCCCCAUCAUCAUGGGUGCCAACAUCGGCACAUCCGUGACAAACACCAUUGUGUCCAUGGCACAUGCCGGUGAACGUCUUGAGCUUGAGCGUGCCUUUUCCGGUGCCACAGUUCAUGAUAUGUUUAACUUCCUCAGUGUCCUCGUCAUGCUGCCAGAGGAGGUCAUCAUCGGAGCCAUUACCGGGGAUGGUGGGAUCUUGUAUUACAUCUCAAAGGGCAUCACAGAGGCCGUUGUCGGACCGGAAACAGAUGUCACAUUUACUUCUCCGACCAAGUUCAUCGUUUCCCCUUUGACCGAUGUUUUUGUGGACCCGAACAAGGAUGUCACGAAGUCGCUUUCUAUGGGUGCACCCAAGGCCCAGGCCAUGCCGACUGGCCUAACGGGAAGCUGCCCGAGCACCAUGGACUGCAGCCACUACUUCUGCGUUUCCUCGUCCAUGAGCAAGAACUGGAAGAAGGUCGACAAGGACGCCUAUGCCGCCCUGGCAGAGUGCAGCACCUACUUCCCGCUCUUGAAUCAUGGCUGCGGCUCGGACACUUGCUACUUGGAAGCUGACAAGUUUUAUACGCAGUCCAUCGAGGGUGGCACUAUCUUGGACGGAGGCGCCUUUUCCGGCAUGGGUGAUGUUGCUGGCGGCAUCGUGGGGUUGAUCUUCUCGCUGAUCAUCGUCACCGGCACCCUGUUCUGUUUGGUGAAGCUCCUGCACAGUCUCAUCAUGGGCACCGCAAAGAAGGUGAUCAUGCGUGCCACGAACAUGAACGACUAUGUGGCAAUCUUGGUCGGCCUUGGCAUCACAUUCAUCGUGCAGUCCAGCUCUGUGACGACUUCCACCCUGACUCCGCUCUGCGGGGUUGGCGUGCUGCCCGUGCACAAGAUGUUCCCGAUGACUCUUGGGGCCAACAUCGGUACGACAUUUACCUCAAUGUUGGCCGCCAUUGCGGUCAUGAAGCCAGACAGCUUGCAGAUCGCCUUCGUCCAUUUGCUCUUCAACAUUUUUGGUAUCCUGAUUUGGUUUCCAGUACCUUUCAUGCGCCGAAUCCCCAUCAAGGCCGCCUGCCUGCUGGGCUUCUAUGCCUCCUACUGGCGCCUGGUGCCCCUGAUUUACAUCCUGGUGAUGUUUGUGGCUCUGCCUGGUGUGGCCCUGGCCAUCUCUCUGCUUUAUGGAGCCAGCAUUGCCGGCGGCAUCGUCGUCACGCUGCUGGCCCUUGGCGCCGUGGCCGGCUUCAUCGCUUGGUGGUGGAUGGGCGGCUGCUACAGGGUGGUCUCCAAGGAGCUGCGCGAGGAGCGCGCCGCAGAGAUUGCUGCGGAGAUGGGCGAGAAGCCGCCGGCAGAGGCGGAGACGGCCGCCGCCGGAGGCGAGGCUGCCGUGUAG